GUAAUGCGUCUCGUGUGUAUAAACAAUCUAAAAUUUCUACUACAUCCAAUAUCAAUCGUUAUCUUUAAUUUUUAGAUAUUAUUUAUAUAGUCAUAGUGUGACAAGUUUUUGUAUAAUAAAGGUGAAUCGUGUUUUUUAUGGUGACUCAAUAAAGACGUUCUGAUCACAAUGCUGUGGAUAUUAAUUUCACUGAUUUGUAUGGCUGUCACAUAUUUAUAUGUGAUCAAGCCCCACAAAUACUGGAAGAGUGUCGGUGUAAAACAAGGCAAUCCUACGAUUUUCUUUGGUGACAGUUGGGGAAUGGUUUCCCGUAAACAAAGCUUCACUGAAAUGGUUUUGUAUCUCUACAACAUGUUUCCAAACACUAGAUACUCCGGAUUUUAUCAGUUCUUAAAACCAACUCUUAUACUAAGGGACCCAGAUCUGAUCAAGCAAAUGGCAGUCAAAGACUUUGAUCAUUUCAUGGAUCAUAGACCACUCGUUCCAGUGGAAAGUGAUAACAUCUUUGGAAAAAAUUUAGUCUCCUUAAGAGGUCAAAAAUGGAAGGACAUGAGAGCGACAGUAAGUCCCUCCUUCACAAGUAGUAAAAUGAAGAUGAUGUUUGGUUUAAUUUCCGAAUGUGCCAACGACUUUGUUGACCAUUUUAAACAAAAUAGUAACCAGGAUGUUACUACAAUAGAAAUGAAGGAUAUAUUUACCAGAUUUACCAAUGACGUGAUAGCAACUGCGGUUUUUGGAAUUGAAAUUAAUUCAUUAAAAGACAAAGACAAUGAGUUUUAUGUCAUGGGUAGGAAUAUGACCAACUUUAGUGGCUUCUGGAAGGGCAUAAAGUUUCUAGGAUUCUUCGCUUUUCCAAAAUUAUUCAAAUUAUUGAACAUUAAAAUGUUUAGUGAAGACGAGUAUUCAUUUUUCAAAAGUAUAAUCGUUGAAACAAUAAAAACCAGGGAAGAAAAGGGAAUUUUGCGUUCUGAUUUGAUACAGAUUUUAAUGGAAGCCAGGAAAGGUUUGCAUAAAUACGAAGAUGGAAAGAGUGGAGAUAUUGAUACCGGUUUUGCAACUGUUGAGGAAUCUGAAAUUGGCAAAACAAAGAAAGAUAUUAGUCUAACCGAUGAUGAUGUGACAGCACAGGCUUUGGUUUUCUUUUUUGCUGGUUUUGAAACUGUGUCCUCUUUGAUGUGUUUCAUGUGUUACGAGUUAGCCGUCAAUCAAGAUGUCCAAGAUAGGCUUAGAGAGGAAAUUCAGCAGACACUAAAAGAUUGUGGAGCAAAAUUAACUUAUGAGGCUUUAAUGAAAAUGAAGUACAUGGACAUGGUUGUAUCAGAAAGCCUUCGAAAGUGGCCCAAUGCUCCCGGUACAGACAGAAUCUGCACUAAACCUUACACAAUCGAACCAGUACUCCCAGACGAAAAACCGAUACAUUUAAAGAUAGACGACGUAAUCUUCUUGCCAUUUUUCGGCCUUCAUAGAGAUCCUCAAUAUUACCCAGAUCCAGAUAAGUUCGAUCCAGAAAGAUUCAAUGAUGAAAACAAAGGCAACAUCAAACCCUACACUUAUCUGCCUUUCGGAGUUGGGCCAAGAAGCUGUAUUGGAUCAAGGUUUGCCAUUAUGGAAACCAAAGCAGUCUACUUCCACCUUUUAGCUAAUUUUAAAAUUAUACCUGUUAAGGAGUCGGUAAUUCCGUUGAAAAUUUGCAGGAAAAGCUUCAAUUUGACUUCUGAAAAUGGUUUUUGGUUUGGUCUACAAAAAUUAUAAUUCAUAUGUGCUUAUUAUUAAUAUUGUAUAAUUAAUAUCUAGUUAUAAUCUAGUUUCUAGGUCUUAUUAAUAUGUAUAUUUUAAAUAGUAUUUGUUGUUCCACUUAAAUAGAUAGCAGUAUUAGUGACAGUUCAUCCACCGUUUACCUAAAUAAAGAGAAUAAAACAAU